AUGAAUGAGAUACACAAUCUGGAGACCAAAUCCAACGUGUACCCGCUGCUCCUCAAAUGCAAAUCCCUCGGAAGGAUCAUCAAGGCCAAUAGAACUCCCGCCUGGCCGACAAUCCCAACAAGAGAGCUCCCCGAAAAGGAGGUUUGCGACAAGCUCAUUGACUGCUACCUCGAGACAACUGAGAGUGUCUACAGAAUCCUGCAUCUCCCGACCUUCAAGAGGGACUACGAAGAGCUAUGGGAGCCCGGAGCCUAUCCAGACAUGGCAUUCAUCGUCCUGGUCAAGCUAGUACUAGCCAUGGGCGCAAUGUCGUACGACGAUGAAUUCUCCUUGCGGCCCCUGGCGAUCCGGUGGGUGUACGAAGCGCAGACGUGGGCAGCAGAACCCGAGUUCAAGGCUCGCCUGGGCAUCCAAUUCAUUCAGACGCAGAUCCUCCUCCUGCUUGCGCGGGAGCACGUCGGCGUCUCUGGCGACUCCGUCUGGGUGACUGCGGGCGAGCUGGUCAGGAGGGCCAUGCACAUGGGCCUGCAUCGCGAUCCGCACCACCUGCCCAAGCGGUCCCUCUUUGCAACCGAGAUGCAUCGGAGACUAUGGAACACGAUCAUCGAGAUGCUCCUGAGAUCGAGCCUGACGUCUGGCGGCCCUCCGCUCAUUUCCCUCGACGACUUUGACACGGAGCCUCCGGGCAAUUUCGACGACGAGCAGCUCAUGACUGAAGGCGCAGUCCAGAAGCCCGACAACGAAUACACCAGCAUGUCCAUCGCAAUCGCUCUACGACGCACCAUCUCCGCUCGACUCACCGUCCUUCGCUUCCUCAACGACCUCAACUCAUGCGGGACAUACGAGCGGACCCUCGAACUCGACGCCGAACUCCGCUCAGCCUACAAAACCCUCUGCCAGACCCUCACGAGAUUCAAGUCCCCUCCCGGCCAGGCAUCCGUCCCCUCCGCGCUCGCCCUACGCAUCGUCGACUUCGUCAUGCAGCGAUACAUAUCCGCCCUCCACACGCCCUACCUCAUCCCCGCCCUCCGCCAAACCAAGUACGCCGUCUCCCGCAAGCUCGCCAUCGAAGCCGCCCUCAAGACCUGGUCCGCCGUCUACCCUUCCUCGGCCAUCAUGGCGCCGCAUCACCGCCGGGAAGACGACGCAUCCGCGUUCCUCAACGGAGAUGCCCUCUCGCGGCUUGCGUGCUGCGGGCCGGGCUUCUUCAGAAUCGCCUCGCUGCAGGCGAGCUUGCUCAUCUCCGCUGAGCUGGACAACCAGCUCAGAGAAGAGCAAGGGCUGGUGCCUUUGCCCUUUCGCGCAGAUCUCAUGUCCGUCAUCCACGAGGCCAAGGAGUGGUGCCUUCGCUCCAUCGAGGUGGGCGAGACCAACGUCAAGGGCUACCUCGUCAGCUCUGUCAUACUCGCUCACCUAGAGGGCCUCAUGCGCGGCCUCGAUCCUCACGAACUACCCCCUUUGUUUCUCAAGGCUGCGGAGGAGUCGGUAGAGAAGAGCCUUGAGAUAUUGGAAGAGAAGGCCGGGCUGGGUCAUGGGCAGGGUCGAGCGGUGGAUGCUAGGGAGGAGAUGGAUAUGGUGGGGAUACGGCCACAGAGCCCCGAUUGGGAUUUCCUGGUAAGUUUUAAAUAUGGUCUAUAUCUUGUGGGUGUUAUGAUUGUGAUGUAG